AUGGCAGCAACUGGAGGUUCCGGCGUGUCGGCGACCCAAUACGACGUGUUCCUGAGCUUCAGAGGGCCUGACACUCGUGACAACUUCACCGACUGCCUCUACCAGACCAUGGUUGGCCAGGGGAUCAUCGCCUACAGAGACAGCGAAGAGCUUCAGGCUGGUGAUCGGAUCGAUGAUCUCCUGAGAGCAGUCGGCGAAUCCAAGAUCUGCGUACCAGUUCUCUCCAGAGGCUACGCUUCAAGCGCUUGCUGCCUCCGUGAGCUCGCUCAUGUGAUGGAGCUCAACGAAUCGACCGGGAAACCGUUGGUCCUACCCAUCUUCUUUGAUGUCACGCCCUUGGACGUCAAGCUCAGGACGGAAGUGUACGUGGAGGACUUGGAGAAGCACGAGCGGAGGCACGGCAGCGAGAUCAGGCAACGGUGGGAGGCGGCUCUGAGAAAAGUGGCUGAGAUCAAGGGAUGGGAAGUCCAAGGGAAACCGCACAAUGAAGUUAUUGAACUCGUUAUGAAACAGGUUCUACAUAAGCUUAAAGUAAAACUAAGACCACUAGACAGCAAAUUGGUUGGGGUACACGAACAAGUAGAAGCCAUAAUGGAGUUGUUAAAUGUUGACUCUGGCCCUGGUGUGCGUUUCAUUGGAAUCUAUGGAAUGGGGGGUAUCGGUAAAACUGCUCUUGCUAAGAUUGUUUUCAAUGAAUUAUGUCUUCAUUUUGAUGGUCGAUGGAGCUUCAUUGGGGACAUUAGAGAAUCAUCAAACAAAAAUGGCCUAGUAGAUCUGCAGAAACAGUUGGAAUCCGACAUCUUUGAUUCUAGAUUUAUGGAAAAACUUACCAACACUGAUGAAUGGAUAUAUAGCAUAAGAAGAAGAGCUAGUUCUAAGAAAGUUCUCAUUGUUCUAGAUGAUUUAGACAAGAAAGAACAACUUAAGAAACUAGUGGGGGGGCCUGACACUUUUGGUCUUGGGAGUAGGAUUAUCAUUACAACAAGGGAUAAACAGAUUCUGGAAGAAGAGGAGGGAAUCUUGGCUUAUGAAGUAAAGCAAAUGGAUCAUGAUAGAGCACUGGAGCUUUUCAGCUUGCAUGCCUUUAACAAUGUCACUACUCCUGAGAAUCAUCAAACAGAAAUGGCCUAG